AUGUUUCCCGCGGAGGCUGCGGACGACGAGCAGAACCCGAGCAGGGGGUGGACGACGCAACGACGGGGUAAGGUCAUAAACGAUCCGGUGCACGGGCACAUGUAUUUCCCCGGCAUCGUCGUCGACGCGAUUGACACCCCGCAGGUGCAGCGCCUGCGCGAGCUCAAGCAGCUGGGGACGUCUUACUACGUGUUCCCCGGGGCGUCGCACAACAGGUUCGAGCACUCGCUCGGGACGGCGCACCUCGCCACGAACAUGUUCGACGCGCUCAGGACGCGGGCGGCGAGCGACGUCAGGGACGCGUUGACGGGCGCGGAUCGCGUCGCCGUGCAACUCGCGGGUCUGUGCCACGACCUGGGUCACGGGCCCUUCUCCCACGUGUUUGACAACGAGUUUCUCCCCAGGCGCGUCGCCGGGUGGCACGCCGGGGACGAGCCCCCGUGGAACCACGAGGCGAUGGGAGCCGACAUGUUUCGGUGGAUGGUGGAUGACAACGGCAUGGAUUUGGACAAGGGUGUCAUCGACAGGGUCUGCGACCUCAUCACCAGCUCCAACGUCGAGAGCGCCACGCCCGGUACCAAAUUCCUGUGGGACAUCGUUGCGAACAAGCGGAACUCGAUCGACGUGGACAAGUUCGAGUAUCUGCUGCGGGACCAGCACAGCACCGGCGUCAAGGGCAACGUGGACGUUGGGCGGCUGAUGAGCUUCAUGAAGGUCAUCGACGAUCAGAUCUGCUUCAAGGCUUCCGAGGUUUACAACGUGUACGACCUGUUUCACACGAGGGCCAACAUGCACCAGAAGGUGUACACUCACAAGAAGGCCAAGGCGAUCGAGUACAUGAUCGUGGACGCGCUCGUCGAGGCGGAUGUGGCGUGGGACUCCGAGAUUAGCAAGUCGAUCUGGGACGUGAACGAGUUCAUCCGCCUCGACGACACCAUCCUGAAGCGAAUCGAGUGGAGCAAGGAGUCAAAGCUGCAGAAGGGUCGGGACCUGGUGAGGAAGAUUCGGAGGAGGGAGCUGUACCAGUACGUGAACGACUUUGCGGUUCCGGAAGAGGAUAUCAUCGGUUUCAAACCUGUCACGGAGGUUGACAUAACUUCGUGCCAGGGCGAUAACAACAUCCCGGGGGGUCUCAGGCCGGACGAUAUCAUCAUACAGAACGUGAAGAUUGACUACUCGAUGAAAAGCAAGAACCCGGUGGACAGUGUCAAGUUCUUCCAGGACUACGGGGACACCCACAGCUUUCACAUCGACAAGAGCAAGGUCAGUUUGCUGCUGCCCAACUCAUUCAUCGAGCGCAAGGUGCGGGUCUUCAGCAAGAGCAAGGACCCGAUGUACGUCGAAGCAGCAGCCAAGGCGUUCGAGAACUACCAGAGGCGGAUGUACAAGCAGGAGCUGCAGCUCACACCCAUGAGGAAACGGGCGCGGAGCAGUCAGGAAGAGCGUUAG